AUGAGUAACUGCGAGCGACUCAUCGAAUUGAUUGUACUUAAACUGAAUCAAGACUGGUUUCCGCUCUUAGAUCUGCUCUCAAUGGUCUUCUGUCCAUCCAAUAAAUUUCACUCAUUUACGAGCACUCGACCCGAAAUGACUGUGCGAUCGCCGGACGAAGAAGUGUUUGCCAAAAGUCCGGACCCGCGGACGCCUCGGGGAUGGCUCGUAGACUUGAUUAACAAAUUUGGGAAAUCAGGCGGUUUUCGGAUAUUAUUAGAGCGUUUCGAAAGCGGGCCAACACUUACUGUUCCUCUAAUCGCCGCACUAUUGAAACCGUUUGGCUUUUGUUACGACUUAUUAACGCCGCAAACGGUUGAGAAAUAUUUUUUACCAAUNAAAUCAGGCGGUUUUCGGAUAUUAUUAGAGCGUUUCGAAAGCGGGCCAACACUUACUGUUCCUCUAAUCGCCGCACUAUUGAAACCGUUUGGCUUUUGUUACGACUUAUUAACGCCGCAAACGGUUGAGAAAUAUUUUUUACCAAUUGUUAAACUCGUGCCUCAAUUCUUGGAUAAUCUGACCGACGAUGAGCUCAAGAAAGAAGCCAAGAAUGAGACCAAAAACGACGCGCUCUCCGGAAUAGUGAAGGCAUUGAAGUGUUUGACGUCUCGCAUACCAAACGAAGAGGAGAUGAUUAAAAGUUUAGAGAUUUUUAGGCUAAAGACUAUUUUACGAUUGCUUCAAAUCUCGUCAUUCAACGGCAAAAUGAAUGCUCUCAACGAAGUGAAUAAAGUGAUCACAAAUGUUUCCUAUUAUUCGCAUCGACACCAAAACCCCGGAUGUAUGACUGGUGUCGAUGAGGAGGAAUGGCUGACCGCCGAGAAGAUGGCCGAAUGGCUGAAGGAGAACAAAGUGCUGCAAAUUGUGUUAAGAGAUUCUCUACAUCAGCCGCAAUACGUCGAGAAGUUAGAGAAAAUUAUUCGUUUUGUCAUCAAAGAGAAGGCCUUAACUCUGGAAGACUUGGACGACGUCUGGUCGGCGCAGAGCGGCAAACACGAGGCCAUCGUGAAGAACGUACACGACUUGUUGGCAAAGCUCGCCUGGGAUUUCGCGCCCGAACAGUUGGAUCAUCUCUUUGAAUGCUUUCAGUCGAGUUGGACUAAAGCCACUAAAAAACAGAGAGAGAAACUCUUAGAACUGAUCCGACGCUUAGCCGAAGACGAUAAGGACGGACUGAUGGCCAACAAAGUGCUGAAUCUAUUGUGGAAUUUGGCUCAUUCUGAUGAUGUGCCCAACGAUAUCAUGGAUCAGGCACUCGGAGCUCACGUUAAAAUAUUAGACUACAGUUGCUCUCAGGAUAGAGACUCACAGAAGACUGAAUGGUUAGACAAAUGUGUAGAAGAGCUGAACAAACCGAACGGUGGCUUUUGGGUAUUGCCUGCACUGAAACAGAUCCGUGAGGUUUGUUCCCUGUAUAACGAGGCGCCGCCAAACUUCGUAGUCUCCGGUCCCACCAUUUCGGCCAACACUUCACACCAUCAAAGAGUCACACAUUUGAUAUAUAGGCACGAAAUUAUAUCUCGACUCCAGAACCAGCACUCGCUUGUGAUACUGGUGUCGGAAAACCUGUCCUCAUAUAUGAAUAGAGUGCGGACUCUAUAUAAAGAGAACAAACACUUGAAUCCCAAUCACGUCUAUCCCGACAGUCGAUUCUCUCACGUCCAAGAAGUUCAGGAAAGACUCAAUUUCUUGCGAUUUCUCCUAAAAGACGGUCAGUUGUGGUUGUGUUCACCGCAAGCGAAACAGAUCUGGAAGUGUUUGGCAGAGAAUGCCGUUUAUCUCGAGGACAGAGAGGCGUGCUUUCGGUGGUUCUCGCAACUGAUGAGCGACGAACCGGAUUUAGAUCCAGACAUAAACCGAAACUUUUUUGAGAAUAAUAUCCUCCAAUUGGACCCGUCGUUAGUGACUGAAACUGGAAUCGAGUGUUUCGACCGAUUCUUCAAAGCGGUGAACGUAAAGGAGGGAAAACUGAUUGCAAAGAGACGUUUCUAUCAAAUGGAAGACAACGAACUCAUAGGAAUAGACUAUUUAUGGAGAGUUAUUCUGUGUUGCAGCGAAGACGUGGCCCGAAAGGCCAUAGAACUGCUGAAAGAGACGUACACUAAUCUCGGACCCAAACUCCAGUCAUCGCAAGUGGAACUUCACGAGGAUUUUAUUACCACAUGCUUUGACAGAUUGCGCGCCAGUUAUGACACCAUUUCCAUCCUCGAGAAGGACUUGUCCUCCGAGACACGUGUCCGACAAGAGAUGACAAAAAUGACUCGAGUGUUGGACGCGCUCUACGAAUACGUGAACCAAUGCGACAAUGAUUUCGGCGAAGAGCGCACUAUUCUGCCAAUGAGUCGAUCCUUUCGUGGCAAACAUCUAAUGCUAAUCAUUCGCUUUCCAAAUCAUGGCCGACAUGUGGACGACAUUGAGAUCUGGACGCAUACUAACGAUACUUUGCAUUCAAUUAGGCAACAGAUUCUAUCAAAGUAUGAAAAUAUGUCUCUAACUGGUAAACUAUUUCAAGUCAACUCGAAUAUGGCCUGUUCUCCAGACUCAUCGUCGGAUAGUUCCACGGGUUCGCCACACAAUCCAUACAUUGGAUCUAAUCCAGAGGCUGAGGCGUGUCUGCCAGGAGUGAUAAUGUCAAAUCAGCCACAAUUCGCUCAAUUCUUGUUCCAAUUGGCAGACAUUGGGAUGUCGUUAAAUAACCCGUCAUUACGCGAAAGUGCAUUAUCUCUGCUCAAAAUAAUGCCGGCCGACACUCAGACCAUUCAACACAUCAAACAGUUGUGUUUGUGUCCGCCCGGCAUCUCAUAUGAAGAACAGGGACUCAAAUUUGAUUCAGAAUUUUUUGAUACUUCUCCGACUCGUAUUAUCUAUAAUAUGGGAAUUAUUUAUUCGCUUCUUAUUCCCGCCUCUAAUCCCAUCUCAGAAGAGGCACAAGAAUUUCAAUUGAAUUUUAUGAAAAGCGGCUGCGGUUUGAAAAUUCUUGAAUUACUCACAAAAAAUAAUUUUCUCUCAAAUGCCGACGACUUUAGCAAAAUGUGCGCGUAUUUGAUUGUAUUGAAGAUAAGCAAACUAACGCUCACCACAAUCGCCAACUGUGUGUUGACACCGAUGUCUGCUAACUCUCCAAACCUGAUAAUCACAUUACAAGACGCCAUUCAAAGUAUUCCAAACGUUUCCUCUGAGUGUAUGACACGGAAUGUCGCGCAACGAAUCGCUCAAAUUCUUCGCGUUUGUGAUAGCAAUCAAAUCUAUAACAAUAUUGUUAACUAUAGACCCGAUAAGACAACUAUUUCGUCGGUUAUGCUGCUGUCGUGGUCGGCGGCCACCGGUCGCGAGUCUGCGCUCCACUCAUCCACCGAACACUUGCAUGAAUUGAUUUCCGAAGUAGUUGUCGAGAGUCCGGCCGAAGUGUAUCACGUGUGCAAAGAGGCCAUUGAAGUGUUGACUGUGAUGUUCAUGUUAUCGCCCGAAGUAUUAGUAGUGCUCAUGAAGGAGCAGAUGUGGCAAACCUUUGUCAUUGAUUUGCUACUAAUCUGUCGCGAAAAAUCUAUUCGUUCGACUUCUAUGGAACAGUUGGCUCUGAUCGCCACGAAGUGUGCGAUAGAACAGGACUUUUUAGUUAGAUUUAUACAGUUAUUGCACAACCAUUUGGGUUCAACGGUUCCAAUGGAGACCCACUACCAGUCAUCUCAAGAGUUUUUCCAAUUGUUUUGUCGACUUCUUAACUACGCGUCACAAACAAAGUGUUUGCUUCCAAACGCUUCCGAUCUUUUGAAUUACGAAAUGCAACAAUUGAGGAAUGUUAGGACAAAUCUUGUUGUCGACGGACUCAUCGAAGAGAUCCAAUUGGAGGGACAUUUGGGUAUAACUAAAGAAAUUAUCUCACUUUUGGAUUGCGAACAAAAAUAUGAUGUCGGCUGUGAUAAGAAUGGCAUUUGGGGUCCCGAAGGGCACGGAUUGAUCACUAUAUUGAUCGAUGAAUACAUAUUCCCGUCGUCUCGAGCUAUAUGUCAGACGAAUCAACAGAAGAACGCCAACCGAACACAUGUGGAAGAAGUGAACCCCAUUUGCACGUCUCCCUCCACUCUGACCGCUGCCUACGACGUGUUGGUCGCUCUUUGCACGGGUUGUCCCUUCAACUUACGGCUCACGGCCUCCACUCUCGUCGAGAUGUUCUAUUCAAACAACGAGCCGCUCGUCGAUUGGGAGUAUUUGCCGCCAAUCGGUCCGCGGCCUCCGCGAGGCUUUGUUGGCCUCAAGAAUGCCGGCGCCACUUGUUAUAUGAAUUCCGUUCUCCAACAGUUAUAUAUGAUUCAGGAAAUACGUGACGGAAUCUUAGCAAUAGAAGGCGCUGCCACUGAUCCCAAUGAGGACUUCUCUGGCGAGGAGAGGAACGAUUCAAUACAUUUAAGUAUUUCUAAUUUAGAUCAAAACCGAACCGAAGAGGUUGUGAAGAAUGACUCGCGAAAGGAUUAUAAUUUAGGAGUUCUUAAGCAAAUUCAAGCCAUUUUUGGUCACUUAGUUCUCAGUAAAUGUCAAUAUUAUGUUCCCAAAGGCUUUUGGAGACAUUUUAAAUUAUGGGGCGAACCCGUGAACCUUCGUGAACAACACGAUGCGCUCGAGUUUUUCAAUAGUUUAGUCGAUAGUUUAGACGAAGCGCUCAAAUCGUUAGGUCACUCACCGAUUAUGUCGAGCGUAUUGGGCGGCACUUUUGCCGACCAAAAAAUUUGUAGGGAUUGUCCGCACAGAUACUCGAGAGAAGAGUCAUUCACGACAUUAAACAUAGACAUUAGAAAUCACUGCAAUUUGUUGGACUCAUUGGAACAGUACGUGAAGGGAGACCUUCUGGAGGGCGCCAACGCUUAUCACUGCGAAAAGUGUAACCGAAAAGUGGAUACAAUGAAACGCUUGUGCAUAAAGAAGUUACCGUCAGUGCUGGCCAUUCAACUGAAGAGAUUUGAUUACGACUGGGAGAGGGAGUGUGCCAUUAAAUUCAACGAUUACUUUGAGUUCCCGCGUCUGCUCGAUAUGGAACCUUACACUGUGAGAGGUCUCGCCAAAGUGGACGGUCAGCUCUUCGACGAAGAGCUCGGCGCCUAUGAGGACGAGGAGGCGUUCGCCGAGAAGGAGAAACAGUGCACUAAAUACGACUUGUGUGGUAUUGUUGUGCAUUCAGGUCAGGCCAGUGGCGGUCAUUACUACUCGUAUAUUCUCUAUAAGAGUAAUAACGGAACGAAGAAGUGGUUUAAGUUCGACGACGGAGACGUCUCCGAGUGUAAGCUCGAUGAGGACGAGGAGAUGAGAGUGCAAUGCUUUGGCGGCGAUUAUAUGGGCGAAGUGUUUGACCAUAUGCUGAAGAGGAUGUCGUGUCGGCGCCAGAAGAGAUGGUGGAACGCGUAUAUACUCAUCUAUAGACGACUCGACACCGAAGAGACAGCGCUCGCCAAACGACUCAACGAAUUAGUUUUAAUGGAAUCCAAAACUAAUGAUAACAAGUUAUAUAAAAUGCCGGUCGCUAUCGAGCACAGCGUUCAGCGACAGAAUAUACGAUUCAUGCACACAAAGAAUCAGUUUAGUUAUGAAUACUACCAAUUCAUGAAGAAGUUGGUCAGCGCUAACGGACAGAUCGCUCACUCAUACGUCCCCAACAAAGACAACAGCAAAUUGAUUGAAGAGUUGUCCACAAUUAGCACACAUUUGGCCGCAAAGUUUUUGUUCUCCACUUGUCUUCGAACUAAAAAGACUCUUCGCGGACCAGCGAUGGAGUGGUACGAAGUGUUGAGUUUGCAUUUGCGAGUGAACGACACAAUUAGAAAUUGGUUCACCACUAAAGUCCUGUUAGCACAUCCCCACCGAUUCAGCGAAUAUCUGCUGGAAUGUCCGUCGGCUGACGUGAGGGCGGCUUUUAGUAAAAUAAUUAUAUUUUUAGCUCAUUAUGCCCUUCAAGAAGGAUCUCAACUGGAAGUGCAACCGACCUCCCACCCGACAGAGCCUUCAGUAUCCAAUUUAUCGUUUUAUUUAAUUCGGUCGACACUAGACUUGCUUCGGAAAGAAGUGUCAGAUUAUAGUCGAAAUUUAGGCCAAUAUUUCAGUAUGUUUUCAACGUAUGCCUCAUUAGGAAAGGCUGAAAAGCUACAGCUCCUGAAACAAGGGGUACCCGAAGUGUUUAUAUUAGUGGCGCUGGACGAGGGUCCGGGCCCUCCCAUCAAAUACCAAUACGCGGAUUUAGGCAAACUCUAUCACGUGGUGAGUCUUCUGGUCAGGUGUUGCGAUGUUUCUUCCAAAACCAUGUCUUCAAUGUCCGGCAAUCCUCGCGUUUUGAAUCCAUUCAUUGCCGAAGAUUUAGACGACUAUCUCAUACCGAUUCAGCCACAGGUCUCCGAAUUGUUGUUCAAUAAAACCAAUUAUAUUAAGAAAGUGAUCGAAGAGGCGAACAGUGCGGACGACACCAUAAAGUUGUUGAAAUUCUGCUGUUGGGAAAACCCUCACUUCUCCUCCACAGUAUUGAACGAACUCUUGUGGCAAAUCGCGUACUCCUAUGCCUACGAACUCAGACCUCAUUUGGAUCUAUUGCUCCAAAUGUUGCUUUUGGAGGACUCGUGGCAAACGCAUCGCAUUAUCAAUGCCCUCAAAGGAGGCGUUCCCGAAGAUAGAGAAGCGCUGUUCGACACAAUACACCGAAACAAAACGCAUUACCAGAAGCGCGCGUAUCAGUGCAUCAAAUGUUUGGUCACACUAUUCCAGUCGUGUCCGUUAGCGCACCAAAUAUUACACGAAACCGUCGAACUCAGGAGGAAGUGGUCGAGUGCUGUCACGUGGCUUAACGACGAGCUCGAGAGGCGGCCCUACGCGGCCAACACUCAGUACGGUUACAACAACUGGUCGCCACCCGCGCAGUCAAACGAGACCAGUAAUGGCUACUAUCUGGAGCGGUCUCACAGCGCACGCGUCACUCUGUCGAGGGCUCACGAGUUGUGUCCUCCCGAAGACGAACCCGAAGAUCAAGAAUAUCCGGAAAUGCCUGACGACGCCGACAGUAGUCCUCCCGAAGCGCUUAAUGAUGUGAUAACUGAGGGGUCGCGCCAUCAGAGGCGCCGAAUCAGACUCGGAGAUCAGGCCGUGAAUGAGGACACGUCUGCGAACAAGUGGUGGCAGGGGGUGAACAUCGAGUAUAAGUCCAACGAAACCACGGCUCGCAAUACCGCACCCGUGACUAACCCUCAAAGCCAUUCACAGGCCUGUCCUUCGAGUCCAACACAAGGCGAGAGCGAAGGUCCCAAUCGUGGCUAUCCGUGGAUUAACAGCUCAUCGCAGAACAGCUCUCCCACUAAAAUCAAACCAAUGAGUUCUUCGCCUCAGAUGAAGCCUAUGAUCGUCGGCCCCAUGACUGGCGCUCCAGUACCUCAACAACAAGAGUCCACUGGUUUUGAUAGUGAGUCCCAAUUGAAUGAAUCGUCGGAUAAAAGUCAACAAAAGAAUAUUUUUAAUGAAAAUGAAGACAAUUGAGGCGUAAGUGGUUUGAAGACAGCAAAACAUUUAGGAUAUUAUGUUUUAGACGAAUGAUUGAUACAUUAAUAUUGGAAUAAAUGAUAUUUAAUACAAACAAAUUUAUAUAUUUAUAAAACAUAAAUCUCUUCUCUAAACAAUUGAUUUUGAUAUUCAUUUGUCACAACAAAGUCUAUUAAAUUAUAUAAUAAAACACGAAAUAUUGAUUUGAUUUAUAAAAGUAAUUAACGAUACAAAACAUUAAUUAAUGACAAUUAAAAACUAAAAUGCAGUCAUUUUGAUAUGAAUUGAAUUAAUCACAAAACGUUGUGUACAGAGAGAUAUAAACAAAUAUGCAAAUAUUUCUGUUAAAACCAUUUAUAACGAAAAAAUGUUUUUUGUAACAUUUUUUGCUGUAAAUUCAAACC